AUGUCUCAAGACCCACUGGUUCCAACAUUUGUGCUUCGCGGACACUCGUCGGCCAUCCACGCCUUAGAAUUCUUCGCCUCAAAUACAUUCUUGGCAUCAGGCGAUACCGACGGAUGGCUCGUGAUAUGGAGACUGUCGUCCAAACGACCUGUCGCUGUAUGGAAGGCCCAUGAGGGCGGGGUGAUGCAGAUCAAACAAUGGACCGGCCAGCGGCUGAUCACGCAUGGACGAGAUCACAAGCUCCGCGUUUGGCAAGUGCGCAAUGAAGAUUUCGAGGUGCUGAGUACGAAGUUGCCGAGCGAGAGCCCCUCAGCCGCUCAAACCCAGCACCCGCAACCGUGGCUUCUGCAUUCUUUGGAUGUCAACGCGCUGAAUUUCUGCGCCUUCUCCGUCUGCGAUCAAUACCCAGAACAGGCUCCGGCUUCGCCGAUGAACCCAACGCCGCAACUGCUCGCCUCCCCGAACGGGCUCGACUCCGGCGGCAUCGAUAUCUUCCAGCUACCAUCUGAACGUCGCGUGUCGCAACUACGAUCUGACCCGGCGGUCGACACGGGAAUGGUCAUGUCGGUAGCACUAUUCCAUUCUCUCGAAUUACAGGAGGAGUUGGUCCUCGUUUCGGGCUAUGAAGAUGGGCAGGUGAUGGUGCACACUUGCUGUGGGGCUUUCGACCACAAGAGCCAAGGCUGGGUCAAGGUCUUGAUGGGGAAGCCGCACUCGCAACCGGUGUUGUCUCUGGAUGUGUUUCCCUCAAAAAGACAUUUCGUCACGUCUAGUGCGGAUGCCAUUAUUGCGAAGUUCUCACUUGACCCGAACGAGACUCGGCUGGAAUCCAGCCAGAACGCGGAGAAGGCAAUAAACACGAAACACGCCGGCCAGCAAGGCCUGAAUGUGCGAUCCGACGGUAAGAUAUUUGCAACGGCGGGGUGGGAUGGUCGCAUCCGAGUCUACUCUUGCAAGACAAUGAAAGAGCUGGCGGUCCUGAAGUGGCAUAAAGACGGAUGUUAUGCUACGAGCUUCGCGAAAAUCCUAAUACAUAACCAAAAUGAUGGGUCAGGGGAAGAGGUCCAUGGUGAAGGCACCAAGAUAGCAACCAGAAUGUCGGCACUUGAUCAUAUCAAACAGGAGAGAGAGAACAAGGCACGAUCAUUGCAUUGGCUAGCCGCUGGGGGAAAAGAUGCCAAGAUUACACUUUGGGAAGUAUAUUGA